CCCGUUGUAUUUAUAGCUCGUAUUUAAAGAGCCCCUGGGAGUCUCCGGCUCAGGCCUGUGCGUGUGGGACCGGCAGCGCCGCCUCUUCUUCCCUCCAGCCCGUGAGUCUGGGCCCCGCUCCCAGGGAGACAUGAAGCCGUGAGCCCGAGACAGCAGCGAAUUUGGGGGCAAGAUGACGGAGUACAAGCUGGUGGUGGUUGGUGCUGGAGGUGUAGGGAAGAGCGCCCUGACCAUUCAGCUCAUUCAGAAUCAUUUUGUGGAUGAAUAUGAUCCCACCAUAGAGGACUCGUAUAGGAAACAAGUGGUGAUCGAUGGGGAGACGUGUCUGUUGGACAUACUGGACACUGCGGGGCAGGAGGAAUACAGUGCAAUGCGGGACCAGUAUAUGAGGACCGGCGAGGGCUUCCUCUGUGUCUUUGCCAUUAAUAACAUCAAGUCCUUUGAGGAUAUUCACCAUUAUAGAGAGCAGAUCAAGCGAGUGAAGGAUUCGGAGGACGUGCCGAUGGUUCUGGUGGGGAACAAGUGCGACUUACCCUCCCGGACGGUGGACACCAAACAAGCCCAGGACUUGGCCAGGAGUUACGGGAUUCCUUUUAUCGAGACCUCGGCCAAAACCAGACAGAGAGUGGAGGAUGCUUUUUAUACAUUGGUGAGAGAAAUCCGGCAAUUCAGAUUGAAAAAGAUGAGCAAAGAAGAAAAGACUCCGGGAUGUGUGAAAUUUAAAAAAUGUCGGGUAAUGUGACGGGGGCGUGGACGACGCUUUCUACACGUUGGUCCGAGAAAUCCGGAAGCACAAAGAGAAGAUGAGCAAAGACGGCAAAAAGAAGAAGAAAUCUAAAACAAAGUGUAUAAUUUUGUGAAUAAUCUCCCCCCCCCCCCACCACAUUGAGUUUAGGCAUGACCCCCUCCCCCCCACGUGAUAGUUUUGUACAUUACACUAAAUUAUUCGCAUUUGUUUACCGAUUAUUUUGCUUUUGUUGGUUGGUCCGUGAUCCGAUUCUACGGCCGCUCCUUUUAUUGCUUCCAAAUCUCUAAAGCCGAUUGGUGGCUUUGGAUUGGGCCUUUGAUGCAAUACGCUGACCAAUCGGGUCUCUCGGCACAAUGUCCGGCAUCGCUCCCUGGACUUGGAGCGGCCAGAGGUUUACAGAUGUUAUUGGCAGCAGAUACCCAACAAAGUGAAAACUGUACCCCAAAAUGUGACGGACUGGUGCUAUGAGACUCUUUAUAUUUCUAUACAAUCCCGACGCUCCAAUCAGUGAGGACUCGCCAACGUUUACGCCCUAUUUUACGGAUCGACCUAUCAGCUGAGGUGCCAAUACUAAAAAUGGAGGGGUUGGCUUUCUCCCUGUCUUUAUUACAAGUAGAUGUUGGGGAUCCUCUACUUGUGCACCAAGUCCCCUUAAUUAAAUGAAAUCACUGCACAACAGAACAAGAAAUCGGUUUAUCCCCCCGACCCCGGUGUCCGUUACGUGGUCUCUACACUAUUGCUCAAAAAUGAGCCGGACCACUGGUUCCGCCAUGAAACGCGUCCCCCCCAAACCCUAAAUUAAAGGUUCCAGUCAGGCUGUUUAUCCUGAGUGCAAAUAGCAAUGGUCUGGCCCAGAAUAUCAGAUAUAAUUAUUUGUAGCCAGUGAAAAGGCCUUUUUGGGAACAGACAGACCCACUAUGGUUUAGUAGCAGGGAGGUUGUUUAUUUGGGACGUUAUUAAAGGCUCAUGUUAUAAAUAGAGAGACAUAACACCCCCCCCCGGGGCAAAUAUUAGUGAGCGACACCUCGUUAUUCUAUUUGUCGAACAAAUAAAAUCCUCACGGAACCCGAUGCGAUGGUGAAUAAUCUUAUAAUUCCAUCUGUUGCUGCAGUUUUAUUAUAAACCUCCCCCUCCUGCGCUGUCGUCUUACUCCGGAUCGGGGGCUUUUUGCAUUUUUGGUGCCCCCCCCGCAUGGAAGGAGGAGCCUUGUAUGUUUACCUGGAAUGUAUUUUAACUAUUUUUGUAUAGAAACCUGCACAUUUUUGUACAUUUGUGCUUUUUAUUUGAAUCCAAUGAUACGAGUGUGUUUGUAUUUGGGCCCCGGGGCCGAUGACACAAUUAACUACAAACUGAAAUGACCACUGUCCUAACGACUUCUUUUUUUCCCCCUUCAUAUUUUAGGAGUAUAUUCUGUGUGAUAUUGUCAAUAAUUUUGUUUCUGACUGUAAUGCUCCUAUUUAUUGAAAUGUAAUAAAUUGAGUUCUGGUGA